CCUAGAAGAUUUGAACGCAGAAAAAGCUAAGACCUUACACGUGGUAGAAUUUUCUUAUGCACAUGAUUGUGUAGAUUAUGGAACAAAAAUAAAAUGACGAUGAGAAGAAAAGGUUAAUGCUGCAAAAGUAUUGAAAAAUAUAACAGAACUCUACCUAUGACAGAGAAAUCAGGAUAUAGUUAACUGAGACUUACUACAACUGUUAUGUGUGAUAAGAGGCCUGCAUCACCAGGGUGCUGUCAUCCAAUAACCAAGCAUCCUAAGUUUGAGCAUAACAAAAAUGACAUACAGAAGAAUAUGAAUGGUUUUAACUUACUAGAUGAUGUUCAGUUAAAAGAAGUAAGGAUUCGCUUAAAAGAUGUUAAAUAUUUAAGCACAAACGCCAGUAACGACUUAUCACACAAUAAUGUUUAUGAAGUUGAAACAGUCUUGGGAAAAAAAAUUGAAAAUGGCAAAUCAUUUUACUUCAUUAAAUGGAAAAAUUGGAGUUCUCAGUACAAUACUUGGGAGCCGCUAGAAAACUUAACGAAUUGCUCUGACUUAUUAAAGGAGUUUGAAGAUGGAAGAUCGAAAGUAUUAGAAAGGUUUCAGAAAUUCACCAAUUAUUACCCUGAUGUAAGUUUGAUGGAGCAACACAUGCAAUCGUUGUUAAGUAAAGGUAGAAAAAUUGAUUUUUUGAUAAUCAAUACAAACCGCUUGUACGAAAGAAUUGAUACUUUUUUCAAAAUAGGCCCUAAAAAGUGCAAAAAUUUGAUCGAAAAAAUCAAAGAAAACAUUUUAGAAAUGUUCUUAUUUAAUGCUAGAACUGAACAGACAGCUUCAUUAGAAGAAUGGGAAGAAGAAAUGAACAGUAUAACAAAAGGCAAACCGUCCAUAAAAGUUGAAAAUUUCAUUGAUUUGGAACGAGCUCCUCAAGAGUUUCUCUAUAUAGACGAUUAUUUACCAGGCUCGGGAGUUAUAAUACCAGAAGAACCACCAAUAGGUUGCGAAUGCUCUGUCUGCGAUUCGAAAUCGAAGUGUUGUUUUACAAUGCAUGAUGGUUGUUUUCCUUACACAUCUGCUUGUAGAAUCCGUGUUCCUCCUGGAACUCCCAUAUACGAAUGCAACAAACGAUGCCAUUGUUCUGACAGCUGUCAAAAUCGCGUUGUUCAACGUGGUUCUGAUAUGAAACUAUGUGUUUUUAGAACUUCUAAUGGCAGAGGAUGGGGUGUCAAAACAUUACGUGUAAUUAAAAAAGGAUCGUUUGUCAUUCAGUACGUUGGUGAAGUCAUAACAAGUGAGGAAGCUGAAAAACGUGGAAAAGAGUAUGAUGCUGCUGGAAGAACUUAUCUUUUUGAUCUUGAUUACAACGAAACUGAAGGACAAUGUCCAUUUACGGUUGAUGCAGCUGUUUAUGGAAAUAUAUCGCAUUUUAUUAAUCAUUCAUGUGACCCAAACUUAGCUGUGUAUGCUGUGUGGAUUAAUUGUCUGGAUCCCAAUCUUCCAAAAUUAGCAUUGUUUGCUACGAGAGAUAUCAAACAACAUGAAGAGAUAACAUUUGAUUAUAUGUGCCAAUCAACGAAAGAUGACUUCCUCCGUCAACGGCUCGACUUACCAGGAGAAUUAAUCAAUAACAAAUCUCUGCAGACUCGAACUCGGUGUAAAUGUGGUGCUAACCUUUGUAGACAAUAUUUGUUUUAAAUCAGAGAAUGUCAUAACAUAUUUAUGCACGUUUGUGUGUAUGUGUGCGGUGCGGUGUAUGUAUGUGUGUAUGUGUGUGAUUGGUUCCCUGCAGGCUUACGUUAAUGCGUGUGUAUAUACAAUAAAUGCACAUUUAACAACCUAUAUACUUCAAAUGUAAGAAGGUUGUGUUUUGUAAAAAAUCUAUUUCUUAU